UUUGAAUAAUUAAUUAUUGUUUAAAAUGUACAUCCCAGUUAAUGAAAUACACAAACACUUCAAGACAGAAACACCGAUGAUGACUAAUAUAACUCAUAAACAAGAUUAAUGGAGUCCCUAUCAUGAUAAUUCAGGUACUGUAUUAGGUAAGAAAUGAAAUUACAAUUCUAAGCUGUAGGAAUACCUGGAGCUGUUAUUGUAGCAGGAGAUACUAGAUUAAGCAAUGGUUAUAAUAUAAUGUCUAGAGAUGCAACAAAGUUAUGUUAAUUAACAGAAAAAUGUGUUUUAGCUACUGCAGGUUAAUAUGCUGAUUUUAUAGCCUUACGAAAAUUUUUGUAACAAAGAUUGUAGUUAUAUGAAUUUUAAAAUGAAGUUUAAGUAAUUCAUAUAUUUAUAAACAAGGCUUCUACAUAAACUGUAGCUCAUCUAUUAUCCAGAGAACUCUACACAAGAAGGUUUUUCCCUUAUUAUACUUUUAAUUUAUUGGCUGGUCUCGAUGAAAAUAAUCAUGGAGUUGUUUAUGGAUAUGAUGCUAUAGGAAGUUAUGAUUAAAUGAAUUAUGGUGUCUAAGGAAGUGGUUAAGAAUUAGUUGUUGCUGUCUUAGACAAUUAACUUAAAGCCUACAAUAAAAUUAAUAAAACUAUCCCUUAAACUUAAUAAGAAAUUUUAGAUAUUAUAUUAGAUUGUUUCAGUUGUGCUGCUGAAAGAGAUAUCCACACUGGAGACAAUGUAGAAAUCUUCAUUAUUACACCUACUGGAACAGAAAGAAUUGUUAAACCUCUUAGAAAAGAUUGAUUAAUAAUCAUUUAUUUAGUAUAAUCGCA